AUGGACAACCCCUCGAAACGAAAACACAGCGUGGCAGCCGGCCCCUCACCCCAAGCUCCCACGGCAAGCCCAGAUCCCGACAAGCGGCGCAAAGUAAUCGGCCCCUCCCUCCCACCACCCACCGAACCCUCCAAAAGCGGCGACUACUCCGACUCCGACUACUCAGACGACGAUGACUUCGGCCCCAAUCUUCCUCCGCCCGCAGGCUCCGUGCCUCUCCCACAGCCUACACAGCAAGCCAGCAUAAGCACAUCAACAGACAAACAAGCUGCUGAGAAAUCGGCCCCGCAACGAGACGCGUGGAUGCUCGCGCCACCGACGGGAGACACACGCUCGUCACGGGUCGAUCCGACGAAGCUGCGGAAUCGCAAGUUCCAGAGCGGGCCGCGUGUCGGUGGCGGGGCUUCGUCUGGCGGUGGUGGUGGGGUUGAUAGCUCGUGGACGGAGACGCCAGAGGAGAAGAUACGGCGGUUGCAGAAUGAGGCGAUGGGUAUUGUUUCGUCGGGGUCUUCUGGUAGUGCGGGUGGUGGUGGUGCUGGUGCGGGAACCGAGGCGGAGGAGCGGAAGGCGCAGGCUAUGAGGGAACAGGUGCAGAAGUAUAAUGAGCGGGUGCGGAAGGAGGAUGCGGCGGCUUUUGAGGAGAGGAAGAAGAAGGGGAAGGAGGAGGAGGAUGACCCGAGUAAGAGGGCCUUUGAUAAGGAGAAGGAUAUGGGGCUGGGUGGGAGGAUAUCGCAUGCGCAGCGGAGGGAGAUGAUGAAUAAGGCGGCCGAUUUUGGCUCGAGGUUUUCAAAAGGCAAGUUCUUAUGA